CCGCCCCGCCCCGCCCAUUCCGCACAGCUGGCCCAGCAGUCCCGCAGGCAGCCGGUGUUCGCUCUGCCCCCGGCUGGGACCCCGAUCCAGCCCUGGCCCCGGCCGCCCCAGCGCUCACCCCAGCGCCUCGCCUUCGAUGAAUGGGGCUGACUUGGCGUCCCCAUCUCGCCGGAGCUCCCGCCGUCUCCGGACUGUCGGCCCGCGGGGCUGCCCAACGCUCCUCGGUCCCUUCAGGGAGUUCUCGGACUUCGGCGAUCGGCUUUUCGAGGAAGGCGUCUCGGGGGAGAGAGUCGGCCUCCCACCGCCCGACCACAAGCUCUGACGAGUCUUCCGGAGCCCCAAGUCACCGCUCCGACGGCCACAGGAACAGGGAUCGGGAGAGGAACCGAGAAAGAGACCGUGACCGUGAACGAGACCGCGAUCGGGAGAGAAUCCGCGAAGAAGAUUGGGAGAGAGAACGUGAGCGAGAGCUAGAGCGCGAGAGAAACCGGGAGCGGGACCGCGACGGCGACGGCGACGGCGAGCUAGGAGCCGGGGAUCGAGGACGCCCCCAAGCCGGAGCGAGUCAUCGCCGGAGGCUGUGAACUGCAGGAGAACCAGGAACCAUCUCGAUUCUGCCUUUGCAUCUCCAUCAAUUCAUAGAAAUACCUGGAAGUCCAUGACUUUAGGACCCUUCCCUUACCCCUUCUCUGGUUAUCAUGGAGCCCCUUGAUGGCUGCCCCAAUGUCCAGUCUGAGCAUGCACCCAAUGGGUGUGCGGGCCUGAUCUUGAGCCAGACUAAUGCAGACAUAGAAGUGGCUGGCGCAAUGGAGCUCAGCGACCUGGAGCUCUCUGCUAAGGCAGACGGUCAUUCAAAAGAAGAAACGAGCUGGCUUAAGAAGAAAGCUAAAGUCAACAAGAUUUGGAAUUUUGUUAGCCGGAAGAAAGGGCCUCUGGUCCAGGGGAAGAGGCCCCAGUCCAUGAUUGUCUUGGGAGGCCCUGUAAAAACAUCGGAGAACAAACCCAAAAUCACUUUCAUGGACCGGAUGAAAUCCAUUAAGAGACUCCGAUCAUCUUCCAGUUUGUGCAAGAGUGCCACUCAGAGGAGUUUCAAAGCCCGAUCUGUUCAUGACUGUCUCGGUGACCAAGAAGAUGGCCUUUGGCAGAAGGACCUUUACAGAGUUAAGAGGCCGUCAGAUAACCAUCGUUAUCGCCACUCCUAUGCCGGGCACACAGAGGGCCUGGAAGCCUGUUUUGAAGAUGUGGAGCUGAGCGUCCCAGACCCUGAAAUGAAAGCCAGCGAUGGGAAGGGCCUCCAGGAUGUUGAUAUGCAGACAGACGAAGACAAGGAAAUGAUCCAUCCUGGAGCGCUGGAGGACACAAAAAAGGAAGAUGUGAAUGUUGUAUCCCACUCUCCGCGGGCCGCCCGGGACUGUCGGAAGCGGUGCCAGACCCUCCCCCAGGAUAACCGUCGCAGGAGGACCUCAGACGUCUGGAACUACCUGAAAGGGAUCUCAUUGGUGAGCAAAGAAAACCCUAAAGCCGCUGACCCAGAUGGCGAUUUCCAGGACACGAAGGGUGCGACGGGGAAUUCAGCUCUAUAUUUGGACUUUGAGUUGGGCCAUGAAGAAAGCCCUAGCCAACUGAGAAAGGAAAGCAGUACUACUAACAAGGCCACACACUUUGGGGGUGUCUUCAGAUUUUUUACCAACAUGGCAGAAGUGGCCAGAAAGUGGCGAGGGUAUUCCCGAACAGCUUUUCAGGAAGAAGCCAAAUCUUCAUCUCAGCUGCAGGAGGUCCCAGUUUCCUUCUUGAAGAGGCUGUCACUUCAGUCUCCUGACUCGGGGAUUUGGGAUCAUUCCGGGCUGCAAGAGUCCACCUGGAGAGGGGAUGGACAGCAGGGUCCAGAUGCAGAAUCUGUCCAUGUUGCUUCUUCUUUGGGACUGAACGGUGAGACCCAAGAUUUGAGCCAGACUUCUUGUUCGCAGCCUGAUGUCCCUAUCUUCUCUCUCUCAACCCUUCAAAACGAUGAUCACAUUUCAGCAGGCCCUUCUGCCCAUCUACACAGCCAUGAAUUCGCAGAGGUUCAGUCUUCUUCUCAAGACUUGCAUGAAAAGCCAAAAAUCGCAGACCAACAAACUCUUAAAGAGUCCUCUGGACCAAACCAAGCUAUUGGGUCAUGGCAGACUGUGGGCGAGUUGGCCUGUGAAGAGGGACAUACUCAUGUCAAAGAGGAAGAGGAGGGGGAAGAGGAUGGCCUUAGCCAGACCGAAGAACAAGACUCUUUUGAGCUCCUGGAUGAAGCAGGCCAUUUGAAGUACAGUCCCAAAUGCCGCCCGUUCCAGAUGAGCCUGUGUACCAUUGUGUCCCUUACUGAAAUCAACAACAGGAAGCCAUCUUGCCACCCUCCUCACCCCUCACCGUCACCACCAUCCUUCAAGGUUUUGGAUCGAUGCCAUUCUUUACCCCUUUCUCAGAGUAUACCCAUGGGGUUGGACCAGAUUGGCUGGAGGAGACGCUUGCUUCUCAACCCAGCAGGUACAGUCCUAAACUCCAAGACCCUUGAAGUCCAGAGGGAAAAACGAAAGAAGAGACAGCACUGGAAGCCUCUAAAACCGGGGGCUGAACAAGUACUCGUUAACAAACUGAUCAGCGGAGGUUCCAUUGUAAGUGCUGAGGCAGUAUGGGAUCAUGUCACCAUGGCCAACCGGGAGUUGGCGUUUAAGGCAGGCGACGUCAUCAAGGUCUUGGAUGCUUCCAACAAGGACUGGUGGUGGGGCCAGAUCGAUGAUGAGGAAGGAUGGUUUCCUGCCAGCUUUGUGAGGCUGUGGGUGAACCAGGAAGACGGUGUAGAGGAAGGCACCAGUGAGGUACAGAAUGGACAUCUGGACCCUAAUGCCGACUGCCUCUGCCUGGGCAGGUCACUGCAAAACCGGGACCAGAUGCGUGCCAAUGUCAUCAAUGAGAUCAUGAGCACUGAGCGUCACUAUAUCAAACACCUCAAAGACAUAUGUGAGGGUUACCUGAAACAGUGCCGGAAGAGGCGGGAUAUGUUCAGUGAUGAGCAAUUGAAGGUGAUUUUUGGCAACAUUGAGGACAUCUAUCGAUUUCAGAUGGGCUUUGUGCGUGACUUGGAGAAACAGUACAAUAAUGAGGAUCCACACCUCAGCGAGAUUGGGCCCUGCUUCCUAGAGCAUCAAGACGGCUUUUGGAUCUAUUCAGAAUAUUGUAAUAACCACCUGGACGCAUGCAUGGAGCUCUCCAAGUUGAUGAAAGAUGGACGCUACCAGCACUUCUUUGAAGCUUGUCGCCUGCUGCAGCAGAUGAUUGACAUUGCCAUAGAUGGCUUCCUCCUGACCCCUGUGCAGAAAAUCUGCAAAUAUCCACUACAGCUGGCAGAACUCCUGAAGUACACAGCUCAGGACCACAGUGACUACAGGUAUGUGGCGGCAGCUCUCGCUGUCAUGAGGAACGUGACCCAGCAGAUCAACGAGAGGAAGCGGCGACUGGAGAACAUUGACAAGAUUGCCCAAUGGCAGGCCUCAGUCUUGGACUGGGAGGGGGAGGACAUCCUGGACCGGAGCUCAGAGCUGAUCUACACUGGGGAGAUGUCCUGGAUAUACCAGCCGUACGGGCGCAACCAGCAGAGGGUCUUCUUCCUCUUUGACCACCAGCUGGUCCUCUGUAAAAAGGACCUGAUUCGGAGAGAUAUCCUUUACUACAAGGGCCGCAUAGACAUGGAUAAGUAUGAGGUGGUCGACAUUGAAGACGGGCGCGAUGAUGACUUCAAUGUCAGUAUGAAAAAUGCCUUCAAGCUGCAUAACAAGGAGACCGAGGAGGUGCAUUUAUUCUUUGCCAAGAAACUGGAGGAGAAGCUUCGCUGGCUCCGGGCUUUCAGAGAAGAGAGAAAGAUGGUACAAGAAGAUGAAAAAAUAGGCUUUGAAAUUUCCGAGAACCAGAAGAGGCAGGCGGCCAUGACUGUCAGGAAAGUCAGUAAGCAAAAAGGUGCCAACUACUCCCGGGCUGUCCCUCCAGCUUACCCACCACCCCAGGACCCUGUGAAUCAGGGACAGUACUUGGUGACGGAUGGCAUCACUCAGUCCCAGGUCUUCGAGUUCUCAGAGCCCAAGCGAAGCCAGUCGCCCUUCUGGCAAAACUUCAGCAGGUUAACUCCCUUUAAAAAAUAGCGUCCAGUGAGAAAUGUCAGAUUUUAAGAAUAAAUAAAAUUAUAUUUCUAGUUGGACCUUUUUUCGGAGAAGCAUUGUUGCAAUUAAUAUUUACAUGCAUACAUACACACACACACACACACACACACACACACACUCACCCCCUGCGUAUGUAUAUAUGGAGAGAGCGAGAUAGAGAGAGUGAGAGAGAGAGAAAGAUGUACCGAAGGACCAAAAAUGAGUUUUCCCAUCUUUGGGGGAACAAGAAAACCUGUUAGUAGAUAGGAAGAUGUACCAAUGAUUUCUAACCAUGUGAUCCCACCUUGCCUUUUUUUCUGUUCUCUCACUCUCUUCCUUUAACUUCAAAAAACAAAAAACAAACAACAACAACAAAAAAAAAAACACCUUGCCUUUUCUUGUGUCCCCCAAAUGACUUUCUGGUUACCCUGUGGUUAAUUCACUGAUCUGUCUUUUACAAUCAUGAAUGUUCUUGUGUUUUGAUUUUUUUAAAGACAUAAAUGAUGAUGAUUUUCU